AUGCUCAUAAAAUUUGUACCGGCAACAGUAAAACUGGAAAGAAUUACUGUUACUGAUCCAUCAGUUUCAGCCACAUACACAACAACUAUAAGUGUUAAUGAUAAAGUAUUAAAGCAUUUUAGACAUUACUUAUGUGAUAAUCAGAAAAGUUUGGAAAAAGCUAAAAUAAUUAAUUGGUGCAGUACAGUAGUGCCAUUAUAUUCAUUAAAGACAGUCGGCAAAGGUAACUGUCUGCUAAAUGCAUGUAUGAUGGGUAUGAUUGGCAUUGGCGAUACAAAUUUCAUACUUAGAAAUCAUUUGUCAAAAUACAUUGAAUUGAAUGAAAGUGCUCUACAUGAUCGAUGGAAGUAUUCAAAAAUUGUUAAUGAUAGAAAAUUAAAUUUAAACCUAGAACUUGAAGAACAUAUAUUAGAAGAAGGAUUAACGCGAACCCCCAGACAGCAUAUUAUUGAAGAAGUACCUGUUUUGAAUGAUGAAAAAUGUGUUUAUUUACAAUCUUGUCAUAUAUUUGCUGCAUAUAAUACGUUAAAACGUCCAAUUAUCGUUGUUGGGUCGGAGUACAUCGGCACCAUCCAUGAGAAACAAGCACAACUGAAUGAUAUCAUUGGUUUAUAUCUGCCGUUAUUGACAAAUACCAGCAACAUUAUUCAUUAUCCUAUAGUUUUACAAUAUUCUCUUAAUCACUUUUCUCCGUUAGUCUGUCAGCGUAAUGACCCUUCAACUUCUUCAAAAUCGUUCUUACUUCCAUUAUUACCGUUAUCUUUUUGGUCAUCUGCUAAAAAAGCAAAUGCAUCAUCAGUGACUUUAAAAGAUUUACCCAUUCAUUAUUUGAAUAAUAUGGAAGCAAUUAAUAUUAAUAGUCUACUGAAAAAGUAUCUGAUAAUUGAAGAACUGAAUAUUAAUGAUGAGCAAACAAUUCGAAGCUGUUUGGUAGGAGAUGAACGUAUUCCUGCCGAUGUAAAUUUUACUGACAAAUACCCACAGUAUUUGAAAGAAAAUAUAAAUAAUGAAACUCCUUCGGAUAAUUUAUUGAGAUCAAAUAAUCCGGUAAAUACAUUUCAGUUCGUAUUAUGCGUUGUAUUGUGCAUUCAAGUCUCGUAA